AUGGCGAACUUUAUCAUGCCUCGGAUCACUUGUCAGGACACAGACACACUAUCUUCGGACGAGUUGACCAACACCCCACGCAAGCCGUUCCACGGAGUCAUUCAACUGAAUACCCUUUGGUCACUGCCGUCUUUUCGCUACGCAAUCCGCGAAUGGGAGACCGAUGGGUCCCUUCAGGUUGAUUGCUAUAUGUUGAAGGCUUCGUCUAAGAGGUGUUCUCUUUGCAAAGUACGUGACAGCAAUGUGAUCGGGUACAGUUUGAUUAUCCCCGAGCCCCUUCUAGCAAGGCACACUUACAUCAAUUGGGAUCUUUUACAGAUCCCCUGGGGUAUUCGGGGGCAUGUUUUCGAACCGAUGGCCUUAAUUGAAUUCGUGAAAAAAUGCUGGAUGGACUGCGAUGAUCAAUGGCGGGCAAAUGCCGGCCCAGAAGCUGAGUGGCCUGAAACGUUCAUCGACGAAUUUGCCGCCGCUGUCAAGAGCCACUGUGGUGCCUUCGAUGACCUGGUCGAGACUCAUCGCAAGGCUCUGGAGCACAUGAUCCGUCCCAACACUCAUCGUAGUGACAAGCUGCAUCUUCAGUAUGCUUUCCGAGCUACGGGGUACCUACGUCUUCGGAUGGGCGAAGAAGGAUCUGUCCACUGGGCCAUAGCAAUUUGGUCCUUCUGUCAGGGUAUCAAAACCUCGGUUGAAGUCUAUGUCAAGACAAAGGACGCCUAUCUCAUUUACACACACGCCUACUACAUCGAGGAAGAGUUUUCUCUGGAGCCUUCUGAGUUUUCAAGCAAUCGAGUUGCUUUACCUAACCCUUUAAGGUGA